AUGUCCGACAUAACAAAUAGUGGAACAUUUCUGCAAGCGUCUUCUCCGAUCGACUCUGCUCUAUUCUUUGUUUUUGCUGCCUUCAUUCUAAACGUCAUCGUCGUUAUAAUAGCCUUCUGCUAUUUCGACCCGGCACCCCAUGAACCAGCUCUCGUCUACCGUACCUAUCACACACUGCGUCGUCUGAGUCGACGGAAUGCCGAAGCACGAAUUCGAAUGUCGAUAAAAUCAGAAGAGCAGGAAGAGGAAAGCAACGAUUCGCCAGCUCAAGUGCUUUUUGUGUAG